AUGCUCCCAUCACCAACUCAGUCCUGCACCUUUAAAAAGAAGAAAAGGAAAAAGAAUCACAAGCACGAGUAUGCAUUGCAAGUGCUGGUGAUCACCUGGCCCACUGUCUCUUUCCCAGGGGCGCGGGCGGCCCGAGCAGUCCCGCAGCCAGCGAGCCGGGCGCGCAGCCGCCCACUUGCGCUGUGCCCGCCGCAGCCGAACCCGGCCCAGGCGGGAGCCGAACGGAGAGCGGGGAUCGCGAGCCCCGGCCAGAGCGAGCGCGCGCGGCCGCCGCCGAGUCGGCACCUGGAGGACAUGGAGGAAAGGCCGGCAGAGACCAACGCCAGUGUGGACGACUCAGCGCCCCCCUCGGUGGCCCAGCUGGCCGGGCGAUUCAGGGAGCAGGCGGCCGCUGCAAAGACACCAGCCAGUAAGCCAACAAGAAGGAAACCGCCCUGCUCCCUCUCUCUGUUCCCCCCCAGGGUAGAGCUGGGCCAGAAUGGUGAAGAGAAGUCACCGCCCAAUGCAAGCCACCCUCCUAAAGUCAAGGUGAAGAGCUCGCCUCUGAUCGAGAAGCUCCAGGCCAAUUUAGUCUUUGAUCCAGCGGCCCUGCUGCCUGGGGCCUCACCCAAGAGUCCUGGACUCAAGGCCAUGGUGUCACCAUUUCACAGCCCGCCUUCUACCCCCAGCAGCCCUGGCGUGUUGUCUCGGGCCAGCGAGCCGGAGGAGGUGCCCGUCAGCUUUGACCAGCCUCCUGAGGGCAGUCAUCUGCCCUCUUACAAUAAGGUGCGGACAAGGGGCUCCAUAAAAAGGCGCCCUCCCUCCAGGCGAUUCCGAAGGUCUCAGUCGGAGGACUGUGCGGACCUGGGGGGGCUCAGGGCCGAGGAGUCCUCCCAGGAGAAUGGGACCAAGGAAGAGAAUGGGGACGAGGUGUUCCCAGCCAAGAGCAAGACCCCAGGAUCCCCUCCUCUGAGGAGGACGCCCAGCUGGACAGAGAAGCAGGAGGAGAAGGGCAGGGCUUUGAGGGUAGCCCAGCAGCACGAAAAGGCCGUGGGGAGCUCUGAGGAGGGGGCCAGCCAGCGUCCAGCCCGAGCCUCCAGCCCAGAGGCAGAGGACGGGGGUGGGAGCCCCAUGGAGGAGAAACCGGCUGAAGGGCAGAUGGAAGAGCCUACGGAGGUGAAGGAGAGGGCGGCCAGCGAAGAGGAGGAGCCUGAACAAAGCCGCCGAGACACAGAGGGGCUGGAGGAGGGAGCUCUGGGGGAGGAGACCCCCCAAAGCCCCCCUGGAGGAGGGGAGGGCGACCACAGUUCUGAGCAGGGGGCUGGCAAGGAAAAGCAAGAUGACGGGACCAUCCUCGAGCCAGGCUGUGACCCUGUCACUGACCAUGCCCAGCCGGACACUAGCAGUGAGGUCCCCAAGACAGAGGAGAAUACCCCUGUCCAGGACACUAAAAUGUGAAGAAGAUCUCAUUGUGCCUAGUGAUGAAGCUGCUGGAGCCGUGUCCUUGAAGUAGCAGCAAUGAUUGUAGCGGCAGCAAAGGAAGCCAUCGCAGAAGCAGGAUGGGCUGAGGGUCUGGAGUCAGCCUGAGGACACAAGGUGCCAUUUCCUGACCUCCGCACCAUUGUAGACAGAGAUUGGAUCUGAGGGCAGCAGACUUUUAUCAACUUGAUAAAAGUUGUGUCACUUGAUGGACUUGGUUUAAAAAAAAAAACUUAUUUAAAACAAUUUACUAUGGUGACAACUCUCCAGGGAUACUGGUCAAACUGUGGGGCCCAUAUACUGUCCACACCCACCUAACCCUAUAGCUGACCUCAGAACUGGACUGGGAUCUACCUAAUCAGAUUGUGUUUGUGUAAGGUGACAGCCUUUUUAUUGUUCUUAAGUUUUCAUGAUUCUCAAGUGUAAGUAAAAACUCAUUUCAAGUAGCUAGAAACAAAGUAGUAUCACUGGAAAUAUAAAUCCUGUAAGUUACAGAAGACCUUAAAUUGUAUGGAGACCCUGAGACGACCUUUCAGCUUGGUCCAGAUUUGACUGGCCAACCAAUUUUGAAAACAUUGGCCGAGAAGAGAUAAUUAUUGAAACAUUGAAAAAUAUGUGUCUGUUCCAGCAACAGGAGCUUCUCCAUCAGGUAAUUCUCUAGCUGGUGAUACACUGGGAGGCGACCAGCUCGGCUCACCUGCUUCUGCCAGGAGGAGAGCAGGCAGAGGCAGGCAGCAACUCCUUUGGAGAGGCAGGAUGUCUCUGUGCUGCAUUUCCUCAUCCUGUAAGCAGAGCAGUGACACCUGGACAAUGCCUGCCCUCUGGUUAGGAUGAAGUUUGUGCCUCCAGAGGGGGAGCCUCGAGCAUGGAUUAGAUAUCUCCUGGGAAGUGCUUUGAGCAUCGUGAUGUGCAAGCUACAUAAUGAGAACGUCCUUCCUGGCUUCCCUGACUUGAAUGGAAACCCAGGCUCUCCUGCCCGACUCAGGAGGGGUGGGGCGGGUCUUCUGUCUGUUCCUCCUGGGUAGCUCUUGCUUCAUCGGUCUGUUCGGAGAGUGCAUGAGGCUUCGCCGGGGACAGGGGGCCUGAUACCCCUUCCUUGACAUAUCCUCUCCCCUCUUCCCACACUCCUGCUGAAAGAUGCUCGUCCAAAUAAAUGUUUAAUCUUAAGGGUUGGCCCUUAUUCAGAUUUGAGUAUUUCAGUAUCUCAACAUGCUGACUUGGUAGCUGGAGCAGUCAUUUUUCUGGAGGUCUCUUAGACCACACUCUACUCUGACCGCAGAAAGUAGUUUCCCAGACUUAAAAGGCCUUAUCUCACUGCUGGUACCUCAGUUUAUCACCCCAUUUACAGUUUUUCUAAAUUUACAGUUUUUCUAACUCCAGGAUAGUGUUAAUAUUUGGGAUAUAUAUUUUUUUCAAAAACUAUUUUUAAAUCAAAUGCAGCUUCUAAACCUUGUAAUCUAGUGAAGACUGAUACCAUAAUAAGCUUUGUAUUUUAGCAGAGUUUGGGAGAUAUGUGUGUCAGUUAUUUUGAGAUCUGUAUAAUAUCUAUCAUCUAUCUAACCUAUCAUCUAUCUGUCAUUGACAGAGAAGUAUACCCCCUAAACAAUACAUGGAUUUAUUUAUAUAUGUCUUUGGGCUGUUUAUAUAUUCGUGCACAUAUCUGGGCAAGAGUUUUGAGAACGUGAGCAUGACUGUGCAAUGAAAAGGGGAAAUCUGCCACUUCUCUUACUAGAAAAAGGAACGGGACAGAUGGGAUGUAGAUGUAAAAAUAAAACUCUAUUUUUCUUCUGGAGGGUCCGUACCUUACAGUAGCAGAUGAAGAAGGAGCAAUAAAAAAUAAGAAUGUGACACUGAAGGAGCAUGUAUGACAGUGUCCAAAAAUUUCCCCAGUUCCCUAUUAGUCACAUUAUUUGAUCUAUUUUGUGAGAACACAAAGGCCCCACCGCAGGCGUUGUUAUUAGUGAUGGGGUUCUUGGUGGGGAAUUCGUGAAGCAAAGGCAGGACCUGUUCCCUGUGGGCGCUACAACCUCGAUGUUUAAUGCUCUCCUUUCUCGAAGUGACCAUGAUUCAGUGUUGCAACACCAUGGUUGAGACUGGGAUUUCACACUGUGGAUUGAAGAAAUCCAUUUGUGUCUUAGAUGGCACAGAGUCAUCACCAGGCCAGGAAGACUUUCAUCAGGAUUCCUUAAUAGGCUUGAAGGAAAACACUGAUUCUUCACAGCUACAAGCCUGAAGAGAAGAAUCAGAAUCAUUCUUCCACUACCUUUGUAAUCUAGCUUGAAUAUUAAACUGUGUCCUUCCUUUCUCCAGAGAGGGAGCAGGAAGAAAACUUGAAUGCUUUGAAGGAAUAUGCCAAUAUUGAAAAGGGGGCUGCAUGUGGAACUGGGUAACCAGAUAUGACCAGGAAGAAGAGCUCAGGGGCCUCAGAACUCCACUCUCCCCACUGAGGUCACCCUCAACAGGACCCUGUUUGCCAGACCAGUUUUGGCCUGUGACCAGCUGACUAGUCACUCCAUAAAAUGUCAGAUAAGGGAAUAAAGGAGUGGACAGACAACCAGUUCAUCAUCUUCUUUUGAUUCGGUACUCUUGGGAAUGUAAAACUUUAAUACAGUUGAAUGAAUGAGGACCUUCAGUUGCUAAUGAAAGGAACCCACCUCAAACAGGCUGAUACAAAACAGCUAUAUCUAUGAAUCUCCCUCUCUCUCUCUCUUUCUCUGUCUGUCCGUCUCGCCCUCUCUCCUUCUGUACACUGAAUAAUAUGUUUUGACAAUCCAUGGACAGACCUGAAUACAAUCACUUAAGCAAUGUCAGAAAUCUUUCUCUGUUAUUGGUCUCUGCUUUCCUCUGUGUUGGCCAUAUUCUCAGGCAGCCUCUUCCCAGCCUGCAAACCCAAUGGAAAGAGCUUAUUUUUUCCCAGUAACUGUGGGAAAAAAUCCUGCAAAGGUUUUCUAUAGGCUUGGUGGGGAUCCUAUAUCUAUACCUGAGCCCAUUAUUAUGACCAAGGAGAUGCAGAGAUCAGAUUGGCCAGCCCUCUGCCACUCUCCUGCAGUUAGGGGCUAGGUGAGUUAAUUCUAUUUCAUCUGCAAGGACUGUGAAUGGAGCAACAAGGUGCCUCAAGGUAAAAUCAGAGUGCUGUUACUAAAAGAUAUGAUGCUGGGUGGGAGAAACAACAACAAUAGAGCUUUGAGCAAAAUUCGAGUGCUACUCAGAUAAAACGGAAUUUGUUUUCAUAAGCCACCAAAGAAAAAUCGGUCUCAUUUUAAAUGUAAUAAUGUAUCACGGUGUCCAGAGCCAGCCUGGAGCUCCAUGAGGGUCAAGUCUGUCUGUGUAGUUCAUUGUGCCAGUGCCUCAUGUAUUAUAGGUGCUCAAUAAACAUUUGGUAAGUAAUGAAUGAUUAAACUGAUUUCAGAGCUGGAAUAGGAUUAUUUUCAACAUUUGUCACUGCCCAAAAACUCCCUCACUGAUACCAGAUGCCUGAAAUGUUAGCAACUGAUUCCACUGGCUCUAGUCUUCUUCCCAAUCAAAACGUGUAUCCUUAGAGAGGUAAUAUUUUAGGCCUCCUUUGUCAUCACAUCUUUUUUUUUUUUCCCAUGGUCUGUUGUCUCCUUGAGGUAAGUUAGAGGAAUGAUGGGCUGCUUCUUAAGGGGAGGUACCUAAAAGGAGGUCAUUAUUCUUGGCUGCUUUGUGUGUUCGUUGCUGCACACGGGCUUUCUCUAGUUGCGACGAGCGGGGGCUACUCCUCGUUGUGGUGCGCGGGCUUCUCAUUGUGGUGGCUUCUCUUGGUGUGGAGCACGGGCUCUAGGCACACGGGCUUCAGUAGUUGUGGCUCUCACGCUCUAGAGCGCAGGCUCAGUAGUUGUGGCGCACGGGCUUAGUUGCUCCGCGGCAUGUGGGAUCUUCCCGGACCAGGGCUCAAACCCGUGUCCCCUGCAUUGGCAAGCGAAUUCUUCAUCACUGCACCACCAGGGAAGUUCGGUCGUCACAUCUUGAGUUGAGUUGGUUCUAGAAAGCCUUCCCAGAAGGGGUUAAAAAGAAGAGCAAAGUAUGUGAAACUCUAGGGGCAAUUGACACACUUUCCUGACGUCCCCGUCUUGCUUAGGGUAAGUCAGCUUCCCAUUUAGCCCAGUGAUGUCCUGACCAGAGUGGCUAUGGAGGCUGAGAAAACCGUUACUCCAGUUCUGCCCUCAAAUUCGAGGAGAGCUGUGGGAGAGGCCCCACUGUGGUCAAAUGGGGCAGGAAACUGUGGUUCUUUGAUCCUCUGCAGAGGAAGAGGAGGUGAAAGUGUUAAAUGCCUCACAGUACAAAGGGAGCCACCCACUUCAAAAACAGGAGCAAAGGGAUUUCUUCUCCUCCUCCUCCUGGAAAGUUCUGGGCUCUCCAUGGGACCUGCAACGCCUAGGCACAGCCAGGGAGAUGCUAUGAAGGAAACAGGAUGUAAAAGGAAGAGGUUGAAACAGGCUAGGAUUCCCCGCUGCACACUCCUGUCGGUAACGACCCUGAGACCCUGACCCUUGAUGGUGUAGUUUUAAAUGAAAAUGUGAAAAAAAUGACUUAGGCAAACCUGUAAUGCCAGUUAUUACAUUUAUCAACUGCUUCUGUUUUAAAUCAUGAGUGGACUGAAUUGCACUUUAACCAAAAUUCAGAAGCAAGAUUCUAGAAUGAUUAUAUGGUUGGUACUCAAAGGAUGGUAUUACCAAGAGGCAGAUAUUCCUUCUGCUCCAAGAAAAUAAUAGGACCUCAAACACUAGUCGCUACUGUUGGAUUGUCUAAGGAACCCAUGGGUGCUGGGUGGUGCCAGGCACUCACCAUCACGGCCGAACCUGGCCCCUCAGGAGCAACAGUAGCGGCUUCUUGACGACCUCUGGAAGCAGCUGGGAUGGGAAAGGGCAAAAGGGCCUGCUCUGCAUCCCCUCUAAUUCUGUGCCUCUUUUCAUUCUACCAAGCAAAAGGAAACACGUAGUUUUAGGAGCCCUGUUUUCUCUGUGAUUUAAAAAUAUUAAUUAUCUUUAUUUUUUCUCAUUAUAAAAGCAAUACACCCUUAUUUUUUUUCACCUUUAUUUUUAAACAUUU